CGGCAGUGAAAUAUGCGCUCAACUCCUGGUUUUAAGCUAAGUCUGCCUCAGUUUUCUCUGAGCUGGGAGAACAAAGGAUGGAGCAUCCACAUACUGGAGAGGACUUCUUCCACGAGCACCGAACCCUCUCUAAGUCGGCAGCUGCUGGAGCCAGAGCCGGUGCCACUCUCCAAGGAAGCUGACAGCUGGGAAAUUAUAGAAGGACUGAAAAUAGGCCAAACCAAUGUCCAGAGACCAGACAAACAUGAGGGUUUUAUGCUAAAGAAGAGAAAAUGGCCUUUAAAAGGCUGGCACAAGCGUUUUUUUGUCCUGGAUAAUGGAAUGUUAAAGUAUUCAAAGGCACCACUUGAUAUCCAGAAAGGGAAGGUCCAUGGAAGCAUCGAUGUGGGACUCUCUGUCAUGUCAAUUAAAAAGAAAGCUCGGAGAAUAGACCUUGAUACCGAAGAACACAUCUAUCAUUUGAAGGUGAAAUCCCAGGACUGGUUUGAUGCAUGGGUCUCCAAACUGCGCCAUCAUCGGUUGUAUCGGCAGAAUGAAAUUGUGAGAUCCCCACGAGAUGCUAGUUUUCACAUAUUUCCUUCAACCUCCACAGCUGAAUCCUCACCAGCUGCUAAUGUUUCAGUUGUGGAUGGAAAGGUGCAGCCAAACAGCUUUCCAUGGCAGUCCCCUCUGCCCUGUAGCAGCAGCCUCCCUGCAACCUGCACGACCGGCCAGAGCAAGGUGGCAGCCUGGCUCCAGGACUCGGAAGAGAUGGACAGGUGUGCGGAAGACCUUGCACACUGCCAGUCAAACCUUGUGGAACUUAGCAAACUCCUGCAAAAUUUGGAAAUACUUCAGAGAACUCAGUCAGCACCUAACUUUACUGACAUGCAGGCUAACUGUGUAGAUAUUUCAAAGAAAGACAAGCGGGUCACAAGACGAUGGAGAACAAAAAGUGUCAGCAAAGAUACAAAAAUACAACUGCAGGAAGGGCCAUCUGCGAAGGGCCAGUUCAGCACAACUCGGCGCCGGCAGAGGCUAGCAGCAGCAGUGGCCACAACAGUUCCUUUCAGUGCCACCAUGUCCCCCGUUCGCUUGCAUUCCUCCAACCCCAACCUUUGUGCAGAUAUUGAAUUUCAGACUCCCCCUAGCCACCUCACAGACCCUCUGGAAAGUUCAACGGAUUAUACAAAGCUUCAAGAAGAAUUUUGUCUAAUUGCACAGAAAGUGCAUUCUCUUUUGAAGUCUGCGUUUAACAGCAUAGCUAUAGAGAAGGAGAAGCUUAAGCAGAUGGUUUCUGAACAGGAUCACAAUAAAGGCCACAGCACGCAGAUGGCACGGCUCCGACAGUCACUGUCUCAGGCACUCAACCAGAAUGCUGAACUAAGGAGCCGGUUGAACAGAAUACAUUCAGAAUCUAUUAUUUGUGAUCAGGUUGUUAGUGUAAAUAUUAUUCCUAGCCCUGAUGAGGCUGGUGAGCAAAUCCAUGUCAGUCUACCCUUGUCACAGCAAGUAGCCAAUGAGAGCCGCCUCUCCAUGUCAGAAUCUGUUUCUGAGUUCUUCGAUGCCCAAGAAGUGCUCCUCUCUGCAAGCUCAUCAGAGAAUGAGGCUUCAGAUGAUGAGUCUUACAUCAGUGAUGUGAGCGAUAAUAUAUCUGAAGACAAUACCAGUGUUGCAGACAACAUCUCUCGGCAAAUCUUGAACGGGGAGCUCACGGGAGGAGCCUUCCGCAACGGACGUCGAACAUGCCUGCCAGCUCCCUGUCCCGACACCAGUAACAUUAACCUGUGGAAUAUAUUGAGGAACAACAUCGGUAAAGACCUGUCUAAAGUCUCCAUGCCUGUGGAGCUAAAUGAACCACUUAACACUCUGCAGCAUCUCUGCGAGGAGAUGGAAUACAGUGAGCUCCUGGACAAGGCUUCGGAGACUGACAGUCCCUACGAGCGCAUGGUUCUUAUUGCUGCAUUUGCAGUUUCAGGAUAUUGCUCCACCUAUUUCAGAGCAGGAAGUAAGCCAUUCAACCCUGUCCUUGGGGAGACUUAUGAAUGCAUUAGAGAGGACAAAGGAUUCCGAUUUUUCUCAGAACAAGUUAGCCAUCAUCCACCCAUUUCUGCCUGUCACUGUGAAUCCAAGAAUUUUGUGUUUUGGCAAGAUAUCAGAUGGAAAAACAAGUUCUGGGGCAAGUCAAUGGAAAUCUUGCCUGUGGGAACCCUGAAUGUCAUGCUUCCAAAGUAUGGAGAUUGCUAUGUGUGGAAUAAGGUCACCACGUGCAUACACAACAUCCUAAGUGGGAGGAGAUGGAUAGAGCAUUAUGGAGAAGUAACCGUUAGAAAUACCAAAAGCAGUGUUUGCAUUUGCAAACUCACAUUUGUCAAGGUGAAUUACUGGAAUUCUAACGUGAAUGAAGUCCAGGGGGUUGUGAUGGAUCAGGAGGGGAAGGUGGUGCACCGGCUGUUUGGGAAAUGGCACGAAGGGCUGUACUGUGGUGUGGCCCCUUCUGCUAAGUGCAUCUGGAGACCAGGUUCCAUGCCCACCAACUAUGAGCUCUACUAUGGCUUCACAAGGUUUGCUAUUGAGCUCAACGAGUUAGAUCCUGUGCUAAAAGACCUCCUUCCUCCAACAGAUGCCCGAUUCCGGCCAGAUCAGAGCUGCCCUGUCCUGGCUGGCCUGGAGCGGAACUGCAGUCCUGCUGUUCAGAUGUUGAAGGUGCCUUCACUGGGCCUGGACCCUGCAGAGGCUCCUCCAGCUACUGAGGCUGAUCCCUUCCCCAUCAGUGAAGCAGAGAAAAUUCCUUUUGUGUAUUUUCACAGAAAAGUGAUUGAUGCCAAUCAAAGAGAAGCCUGGGUUUCUAACGACACCUACUGGGAGCUGCGAAAGGACCCUGGGUUUAGCAAAGUAGAUAGCCCUGUUCUCUGGUAAACUGGAAACGUAGAGCUAGCCGACAUAUCACGCUCUGAAUGAAUAAAUAACUAUGCACAAUUAUGUUUCUUA